AGUGCGUUCAUGAUGGAAACUGUAUCAAUUAAAUUUCGCUUCAGACGAAAACACUUUCAAGUCUUAUCAAAAUGAAAUUCGUAAUUUUAGGACUUGCUCUUAUCGCCGCUGCAUCAGCCAGCCCAAUUGGAUCACUUCUUGCUGCCCCAGCUGUCGGUGCUACAAUUGCUCCAGCAAUUAGUGCUUCCGUUUCUCCAUUGGUUGGUGCUUCUGUUGCACCAUGGAUUGGCGCUUCUGUUGCUCCAGCUCUUGCAACCCGUAUUGUUAGUCCACUUGCCGCCGCCUCCAUUGCCAACCCUCUUCUCGGUGCCUCAAUUGCCGCUCCAGCUUCAGUCAUUGCUGCUCCAGCUAUUGCAUCAUCAAUCGCUGCUCCACUUACUGCUGCUUCAAUUGCUGCUCCAAUUUCUCCACUUUCAGCUGGCGUCGUCCCAAUUGGUCUUAAUGCUGGAAUUCUCGGCCAAGGUAUUGUUCCAUCCGCUCUUUCUGCUGGAAUCCUGGGACAAAACAUCAUUGCUGCCCCAGCUGUAAGUUCAUUGCCACUUGGACUUAAUGGUUUGGGUGCUCCUAUCUUGUUGAAAAAACGUGCUUAAAUUAUUAUUUAUAUUAGGACUGAAUGAGAACGAAAUAAAAUAAAUUUGAUUUGCAAAGUGUC